AUGGCACCUUCUCGUGGCCCCCAACCUCUCGCUCGCAACCUCCAUGUUGUUCUGAACAACCACAAAGGAGCCGUCAAUGUAGCACGGUACUCAAAAGGAUCGGCCAAGUACAUCUUGAGUGGCGGUUCCGACAGAACCGUCCGCUUGUGGAACGCAACAUCUGGAGCAGAGAUCAAAACAUUUGCUGCUCAUGGGUACGAAGUGCUUUCCAUUACAAUCUCUCAGGAUAACGCCAAAUUCGCGUCUUCUGGCGGUGAUCGGUCUGUCUUUCUCUGGGAUGUUGCAACUGGAACCACGACGAGACGCAUUGCUGGACACAUGGGCAAGAUAUACGCCGUCGAAUUCAAUGAAGAUGCGACUGUCGUGGCCAGCGGAUCGUAUGACUCCACGGUGAGAUUAUGGGAUCUCCGAGCCCAGACACGUCAGGCUAUCCAAGUCCUUGAAGAAGCACGAGAUGCUGUUCAGACUCUCCACGUCGGACCAACUUUUGUCAUCGCCGGUUCUGUUGACGGUCACGUACGUACGUACGACCUUCGCAUGGGAGAGCUUCGUACGGAUUUUAUUGGCAGCCCAGUAACCUCGGUCGUACCAACCCAGGAUGCUCAAACGCUUCUAGUCGCAAGCCUCGACAAUCAUAUACGCCUCAUGGACGCCUCGACUGGAAAAAUGCUGAACGACUUCAUCGGUCAUGUUAAUGAAUCCUAUCGGAUCCGUGCCUGUUUUGGCCACGGGGAAGCUAGCGUGAUUUGUGGUGACGAGAAGGGCCAGGUCUGGGCUUGGGACCUGCUGGAUGCGAAGCUCCUACAGCCAAACCCGCCACCGAAAGUUCACCACAAGUUGAUCACAUGGACUGAACACCAUCCCACAGACUCUGGAGAGAUGAUCACUUCGAGUGCAGAUGGAACCGUAAAAGUGUGGACGGGUUCUGACUCUAGCCAAUAA